CAAGUUACAACCCAAACACGUCAUACCAAUGACUAUGAAAAGAACAACUUGAGUAAGAAAAGGCAGUGAAAUGGUAACACUGACAUAAAUCAAGCAUUAAUGUGGUCAAAGACUAAACCAGCAAUCAUAAAAAUGCUUCAACAAGUAAUUACAAAUUCUGAGACAAUAAAGCAUAGCAAAACUAAAACAUAAUUUAGCAAAGGAACCAUUAUGGUUCUCCUACCAUAUUGUUUUUUUUUUUCUGUAAGAAUUGGGUGAUAAUGUAACUGAAAAAUAUAAUUUAAAAAAGAAAACCUGUUAAUUGGUGUUUUUAAAGUAUAUGUUGCACAUCUUUCCUCUUAGGUUCCAUUUUCAGAAGUCAUCACAAGUUUCAAGAUGGAUUUUGGAUUUUUUUAAUUUAUCUUGUUCACAAAACCUUUGACUCUCCACAUGUGCAUCAUUUGCCAAACUUGGAACUAAUGACAGAGUGGAAAUGACAAAAGUUAGGAUCAGUUAACCUGGGAGCAGAUCAGUGCAAUUUGUGAAAUUUUAACAAAAGAUUUAUUCAUUGGUUUGAAAGCAAGACUGAGAGUGAGACUGAGAACAAGAGCAAGAGCAGAAACAGAAUGAAUCUCCAUCUACUAAUUCAUUCCUCAAAUGGCCGAAUGGCUGAAUAGCCACAUUUGGAACAGACUGAAACCAAGAGCCAGAAAUUCCAUCCUGAUUUCCCUUAGGAAUGGCGGGGACCCAAAUCCUUGGACCAUUUUCUGCUGCCUUCCAUUUGCAUUAGGAAGUUGAAUCAGCAGGGGGCUUGAACUGAUGGAAUUUGUAAAUGUUAGUUGCAGAGACAAUAGGUUGGGAAGAAAGUGAACAGAACAUUAUGGAAUUGUGGAACAAAAAACAAAUUAGCAAAAUAACAGCAAAAAGUCUUCUACAUAUAUUGAGUUUCAGAGGUUAAAAAGAUAUGAACAAACAUGAAAGAGUACUUUAAGCAAAAAUGUUUGAAAGCAUCAAAGCUGAGAAUAUAUAGGAACCAAAAUCAAGAGUAGCAAGAGAGAAACAGCAUCUUGCUAUAUAGUUCGAAUGACAGCAGGUGUUUCAUCAGAAAUCAUGUAAGAGUAGAAGAAAGGUGGUACUGUCAUCUUUGAAUUUUGUAUCUGGUCAAACCAUAUCAUCAAUCAUCUAUUGAUUGUAUGUGUCUGUCUCCCUAUUUAUAUGUAACUGUCUUUAUGAAGCUGCUAAUAACAGUUACUAUAGAGACCUGUAGUCUGAUUAUUGUGAUUAUUAUUUUUAGGUUUUACAAGGAAGACGAUUCUUUCUGUCCAUGUUCUGUAUUUCAAAUCUCCUGUCAGUUCUGAUCACUAUAAAAACUAGCUUUAAGUUACUGCCUCAUCUACAUUUUGAUGGCAUGUCAUACUGUUCUUUUCCCCCUGCACUUCCUUCCUUCAGAUACGAGUUGUAUCUUACCCAAUUCUGUAUUUUCAACACAUCUCUGUGAUGCUGAACAUUGUGGAUAUCUAAUAAGUAAUUAUCCACUUAAGUGCUAUUGCAAGUAUGCGAACUAUCAUGACAUAACCAAAGAUUCUUUCAAGGCUAAGGCUAAGGAGAUCUUGUCUGUUUCUCUCAGUGAACCAGAAAUAAGAGGAACACAUUAAAUGUUUUAGGAAGGAAUCAGUACUUGGUACCAGAAUUGUGUUUAACUCUUGGGGGAUUGUUUAUGUCUCUUCUAAACACAGUCUAGGGAUUGUUGACAAAACCUGAUUUAGCAGCACUUCUGUAGUAAAUAUAGUCCAAGCCACUAUAAAGAAAACACACACACACAGGGACAGUUUUUUGUUUUUUUUUCUUAAAUAGAUCUUAGACUAAUGGUGCUGCAAAAGACUGGGAAGUGAUGUCAUCUCAUCCUUCAUCCUGCCCUUAAUGACAGCACCUUAAAUCUUCCCACGGGUCUGUGUGGCACUUCAAUUAUUGAAUCCCCUAGCAAUGGUGGCCCUUUACAAGGGGUUGGCCUUGUUAAAGCGUUCCUCCCAUCAUUAAAUCACACCCAUAAAGCAAAGCCUCCCUCACAAGAUCAGUGUAUCUGUCUGAAUCUUCCCAGUGCAAACUAGAAGUUAAGUUCUACAAAGUCUUGAGUAUUUUCAAAAUUUUCUUUCUUUCUCACUCAACUUGCUUUUCUUCUCUUGCCAAACACAACAUAUUGUUGCAAAAAAUAUAUCUUUCCCCUUUUCAGAAAAUCAGCUCCUGUGUAACUUGGCAUCUACACCUACACUUGUGCAGUCUUUCAUAUUAGAACCUGGGAGCAAACUUUUUAGAAUUAUAGUGUGAAUGGUAUCUACAUUUUUGUAAGUUUUUCUGUACUUAGUUUUAAAAUGUAAUCAUGUUAAUAUUUUUCCAUGUUCAUUUCACAUGUAGACUUUAUAAAUACACAAUUAUAUACUAUUUUUCUUGGAAACAUGUCAUAUCAAAAUGAAGGAUUCAUGAUAAUGGUGAUAAUGAAGGAAAAGAGGUAUAUAUUGUGAGAUACAUGCUAUAAUUCGGUAAAGCAAUAUUUGUAACUAUCAAAUAAUAUAACCUCCAUACAACUUUUGUGCUCUAUAUUAACCUACAUAAAUAGGAGAAAAAUGUAUUAACAGAAAAAUAAAAAUGGCCAACAGAUGUGAAAAAGUACUCAGAAUCAUGAGCCAUCAGAGAAGAACAAGUAAAAAACACAGUGAAGUAUCACUUCACUCCAGUUGGAAUGCCUUAUCACCCAAAAUAAAAAAUAACAGAUACUGGUGAGGUAGUGGAGAAUAUUGACGCAAAUAAAAGUUGGUACAAUCAUUAUGGAAAAUUCCUUGGAAAGCUGAAAACCAUUCUGCCAUGUGAUCCAGCUAUCCCAGUGCUGGAAAUAUAUUCAAGGAACUGAAAUGAGCAUAUGGAAGAGAGACUUGCACUCCCUUGAGUUCACAGUGGCAGAGAUGAAAUAGAAUCAACCCAGAUGUCCAUCAACUGAUGACAUGUGGUAUAUAUGCACAAUAGAAAACCAUUUACCCAUAUAAAAGAAUGAGAUUCUGACACAACAGUAUGGUGUCUGCAUUUUUCACUUUACUGUCUGGCUCAGGAAUAUAAGAAGUCACUGAAUAGAAAACUUACUUUAUCCUGUUUAGGCCGAUUUGGAAAGGGACAUCAGAAGGCAUCCAUCAUUCACAAUCCUCACCAAAUAUCACCUUCACUGCUUCACCCCUUUAUGGCAAUCAAGUUUGAAGGAGUCCACUGGAAAUGUUGAAGUCCUGGUUCCAGGAGGUAUUGGAGCCUAGGUGAUGCUUUUGCUGGGUCCCCGAGCCAUGCUGUGAAUUCUAAAGUGUUUCUAGAUCUCUCCUCUAUCCAUUUUAGGUCUCUGCCUCCAGCACACCUUGAGAAGACUCCUUCAGCCUGUUGUUUCAGCUCCACCUCAAGUAAGAGACUCUUUCCUUUGGAUUACGAACUCUUAGAGACUCUUGGACUAAAUCUAAAUGUACCCUCCAUCCACUGAUGUAGAGUCGGUCCUUGCUUUCUGAAGCAGCCUUGCCUUGUUCCCUGGCUUCAGCUGACCUUUCUUCAUAUCCUUAACUCCAGACCAGCUAUCUCCUUUCUCAGUGCCUGGCCCCAGUCUGGAAUCAGACGCCCCUGAUUCUAUAUAUGAUUUUAAAGUCAACUGUGAACCCUUCUAUCCUGCUUUUGCUUUAAAGAACCCAGACCCAAAAGAGUCUGGAGAGUGAAGGACUAUUAUAUUCAUUUACAUGAUAAUGGAAAUGAACAGCUUAUAUUUAGAAGAUACUUACAGUGUACCAGGUACCAAAUGCGCUACACAUUAGGUAAGUUUCAUGUCCCUGUAGUCUUUCCACUGGUAAAGCAACAAGGUUGCAUUGUCAGAAAGUGAUGAAGCCAAAUUUUGAAGCAGGUGAAUGAACCUCAAAACUCCUGCUCUGAACCCUGUUAUCAUGUUGUCUUCCUUAGACAUGAACCUUUGGAGGCAAGACUCCACAAUUUAUUUUAGUUUGUACUCCUGCUAUCUUACUAAACCUUAAAAGAUAGGUAUGGAUUUACUGGAAUGCAUUCCGGAUUGGGGAAGAGAUAGGAACUCUGCUAGUCAACGAAAGAGGGGAUUUCAGAUCUUUUCAGUAUUUACUGUGGAGCCAGGAUAGGAAGUUACUCAUCUCCUAGGUCUGAAGGUCAUAGAUUCUGAAACUAUUUUAGCUUGUGUUUGCUGAAGGAAUUCUGAAUAUAGCAAGUAUGCAGUGAGGGAUAAUGCUUGGAAACAGCAAUUGAUUUUUAUAUUGCUUCCACAGACAUCCUGCUUCAUCUAUUGAUCUGAGCUGGAGUUGAUUCCUGUGGACCCAGCACAGAAUCCCUAGGAGAUGUCCGUGGUCCAUGCUCUGAAACCCUGUCAUCCAGCUGGAAUGUUAACAUGAGUAAGGAAGAAAAAAAUUUAACAGCAUUCUCGGGCCAAGAAGAAAGAACUAAAAAGUUACAGGAUACCUAUUGGAUCAAAGUUCACCUGCCUGGUCUUCUGUUCUCUAAACUCUCACGUUCAGUUGGUGGCAGAGGCCUCCUUACCAGACAACCUGGAGGCUGGUGAACAACAUGCCUUUACCUUUUCUUUGGAUUUUGGUUACUUUAUUGUGGUUUGCUGAAUUAGAUGGAGAAGCCGGAGGGCUUAAGCUACAACCACAAAAGAGAAGCACUGAUCUCCAACAACCUCGGAUGACUUCAGAGAGGGGAAAUUUAGUGUUUAUUACAGGAUCUGCCCAAAAUAUUGAGUUUAGAACUGGAUCCCUGGGAAAAAUAAAAUUAAAUAACGAAGACAUCAGUGAAUGCUUACAUCAGAUCCAGAAAAACAAAGAUGAUAUUACAAAUUUAAAAGGAAGUACCAUUGGUCUGCCUCAAAAUAUAUCUAGUGAAAUUUAUCAGCUUAAUUCCAAGCUUGUUGAUCUUGAGAGAAAAUUUCAAAGCUUACAGCAGACAGUUGAUAAAAAAGCUUGUAGCAGCAAUCCCUGUCAAAACGGUGGCACCUGUCUCGAUCUGCAUGAUUCCUUUUUUUGUAUUUGUCCCUCACAGUGGACGGGUCCUCUCUGCUCAACUGAUGUUAAUGAGUGUCAGAUCUACUCUGGAACACCCUUGGGCUGCCAGAAUGGAGCCACGUGUUUGAAUACCGCAGGGAGUUACAGCUGUCGCUGCACACCUGAGACAUACGGACCCCAGUGUGCAUCCAAAUACAAUGACUGUCAAACAGGCUCCAAGGAUCGCUGUGUCCAUGGCAUCUGUGAAGAUUUAGACAGGGAGCAAGAAGGAGUGGCCAAGUACAGGUGCAUCUGUGAUGCUGGGUGGACAUUCACACCGGAAGACCCCGCUUGCACAGUAGAUAAAGAUGAGUGCAGUCUGCAGCCCUCGCCUUGUUCUCCACAAGUGCAAUGUUACAACACUCCCGGCUCCUUCAACUGUGGACCUUGUCCAACAGGCUGGAAAGGAAAUGGAUAUAUUUGUGAAGAUAUUAAUGAAUGUGAAAUCAACAAUGGUGGCUGUUCAGUGGCUCCUUUGGUUGACUGUAUGAAUACACCUGGAUCUUACUACUGUCUAGCCUGUCCAUCAGGAUACCAGGGAGAUGGAAGAACGUGCACUCCCAUAGACAUCUGCUCAGUCAGUAAUGGAGGCUGCCACCCCGAGGCAUCAUGCUCCUCGGGUCUAGGUUCCUUACCGGUAUGCACCUGUCUCCCAGGAUAUACAGGAAAUGGUUAUGGGCCAAAUGGAUGUGUGCAACUCAGCAACAUUUGUCUCAGCCACCCAUGUUUGAAUGGACAGUGCAUUGAAACUGCCUCUGGUUAUUCAUGUAAGUGUGAAUCAGGCUGGGCUGGUGUCAACUGCACAGAAAACAUCAAUGAGUGUCUGAGCAACCCCUGUUUGAAUGGAGGAACUUGUGUUGAUGGCGUUAACACAUUUAGUUGUGAAUGUACAAGUUCUUGGACUGGAUCUCACUGUCAGAUUUCCCAGCAAGUAUGUGGAGGGUCCCUCUCAGGGCUGAAUGGAACAUUCACCUACAAGAGCCCUGAUGUUGGUCAUAUCAGUAAUGUCAGAUGCUUCUGGGUUAUCCGAACUGAAGAUGGAAAGGUCUUGCAAAUCACUUUCACGUUUUUCCAACUGGAUUCAGAGAACGACUGUCCACACGAGUUUCUUCAGAUUCAUGAUGGGGAGUCUUCUGCAGCCUUGCACCUUGGAAAGUUCUGUGGCUCCAGCCCCCCUCAAAAACUUGUCAGCAGUGACAAUGCCCUCUAUUUUCAUUUCUAUUCUGAUCAUUUAAGAAGUGGAAGAGGCUUUACAGUAAGAUGGGAAACACAACAGCCAGAGUGUGGAGGUCAACUAAUUGAUACUUAUGGCUCCAUCAAGUCUCCGGGAUAUCCUGGUAACUAUCCCCCAGGAAGAGAUUGUAUCUGGACAAUAGUGAGCAGUCCUAGUCUCCUGAUAACGUUUACCUUUGGGACCGUGAGCCUGGAACACCAUGAUGAUUGCAGCAAAGAUUACCUGGAGAUUCGAGAUGGACCUUUGCCUCAGGACCCCGUUCUUGGCAAGUUCUGCAGCACUGGCUCUGUCCAACCACUCCAGACCACCGGUCCCUUUGCCAGAAUUCAUUUCCAUUCUGACAGUCAAACCAGUGAUAAAGGCUUCCUUAUCACCUACUUAAAAUCACCUCUGGAUCUGCCUUGUGGAGGGAACUACACAGACCCAGAAGGCGAGCUCCUCCUUCCUGGCUUGUCUGGGCCUUUCGCUCACAGCAGGCAAUGUAUCUACAUUAUAAGGCAGCCCCAGGGAGAGAAGAUACAAGUCAACUUCACUGGCCUGGAACUGGAGGGCCAGGGCGGCUGCUCUCAGAAUUACCUUGAGGUUCGAGAUGAUAAAAUAUUACUUGGAAAAGUUUGUGACAAUGAAACCCUCUCUCAUUUUACAUCCAUUACUAAUAUUAUCUGGAUCAGGCUUAAAAUAGAUGCUUCUGUUGAAAAAGUUAGUUUCAGAGCUGUUUAUCAAGUUGCUUGUGGGGGUGAAUUAAGUGGAGAAGGGAUCAUUCGCUCUCCUUUUUAUCCUGAUGCAUAUCCUGGAGAAAGGAUCUGUAGGUGGACCAUCUUCCAACCCCAAGGUCAGGUAGUUCUUCUCAACUUUACUGCAUUUGAACUUGGAAGUUCUGCCAACUGUGAAACAGAUUAUGUUGAGAUUGGUAACAGUUCAAUUUUGGAUUCCCAUGAAAAUAAAAAAUAUUGUGGCACAAACAUACCUCCGUUGAUAACGUCUAUAUACAAUUUUCUUUAUGUCACAUUUGUGAAAAGUUCCUCUACUGAAAACCAUGGUUUUAUGGCUACAUUUAGUACUGAGGAUUUGGUGUGUGGAAAAGUUUUUACAGAGUUGAGAGGCACCAUUCAAAGUCCAGGUCAUCCAAAUAUCUACCCCCAUGGUGUCAACUGUACCUGGCAUGUAUUUCUUCAGCCUGGUCACCUAAUUGGUUUGACGUUCAAAAGUUUUCAUCUACAGUUUGAUUAUAACUGCAGUAAUGACUACCUAGAAAUUUAUGACACUGACUCUGGAACAUCUCUUGGGAGGUUUUGUGGACACUCCUUCCCACCUUUUCUGAUCAGCACUGGCAACUCAAUAACGCUGAGAUUCGUGGCAGACUCUGACCUAGCUUAUGAAGGCUUUGUAAUAGAGUAUGAAGCACUGGAUGAGUCAGAAGUAUGCAUAGAAGACUAUACAGAAGAAUCUGGAACCCUCACUUCUCCAAACUUCCCUAAUAAUUACCCCAACAACUUAAAUUGCAUUUAUAGAAUCACAGUGGAGACUGGAAAGCAGAUAUCAUUGCACUUCACCAACUUCUCCUUGGAAGAAAGCUAUUUUGGCGCAUGCGUAGGAGAUUUUGUGGAAAUCAGAGAUGGAGGCUAUGAAAAUUCCCCACUUCUGGGAGAAUACUGUGGCUCAAAUCUACCUCCGAGGAUCAUCUCUCACAGUAACAAACUGUGGUUAAGAUUUAAGAGUGACAUGCUGUUCUCGGAGUCUGGUUUCUCAGCUCACUGGGAUGGCUCAUCAACAGGUUGUGGGGGUAAUCUCACCACUUCUACUGGCACAUUCACGUCUCCCAACUAUCCGAUGCCCUACUACCAUAGCUCUGAAUGCUAUUGGUUGUUAAAAGCCAGCCAUGGUAGCCCAUUUAAAUUGGAAUUCCUAAACUUUCACUUGGAGUAUCAUCCAAACUGCACUCUGGAUUAUUUGGCAGUGUAUGAUGGCCCAAGUACCAGCUCUCAUCUGCUUACUCAGCUUUGUGGGGCCGAGAAGCCUCCUGCCAUCCUUUCUACCGGAGACAGCAUGCUUUUAAAACUGAGGACUGAUGAAGAACAGCAAGGUGGUGGCUUCGAGGCCACAUACUCGCAGACAUGUGAAAAUGUUGUGAUUGUCAAUCAAACCUAUGGCAUCUUGGAGAGCAUAGAUUUUCCCAACCCUUAUUCUAAUAACCAGCGUUGCAACUGGACCAUCCAAGCAACAACUGGCAACACUGUGAACUACACGUUUUCAGCGUUUGAUUUGGAAUAUCAUACGAACUGCUCAACGGAUUACUUAGAGCUCUAUGAUGGAUCACAGCGGAUAGGACGCUACUGUGGAACAAAUAAACCUCCGCCAGAUGGAACCACAAGGUCCAGCCUUCACGUGCUGUUCCAUACAGACGGGGUGAAUCACAAGGAGACAGGGUUUCAGAUGCAGUGGUUCAUUCAAGGUUGUGGUGGGGAGCUGUCUGGAGCCACAGGCUCCUUCAGCAGCCCUGGCUAUCCUGGCAAUUAUCCAGCCAACAAAGAAUGUAUCUGGUACCUCUCCACCACCCCUGGGAGCAGCAUUCAGCUUACCAUCCAUGAUUUCGAUGUGGAAUUUCACCCGAGCUGCAACUAUGAUACCCUGGAGAUAUAUGGAGGCCCUGAUUUCUACGCUCCCAGAAUAACACAGUUGUGUGUCCAGAGAUCUUCUGUGAUCCCCAUGCAUGUGUCCAGCACAGGAAAUGAAUUAGCAAUACGAUUUAGGACGGACAGCUCCAUAAAUGGAAGAGGCUUCAAUGUCUCCUGGCAAGAAAUUCCUGGAGGUUGUGGAGGAACUUUCCAUGCUCCAAAUGGGGAGAUUCAUUCUCCAAAUUACCCCAGUCCUUAUAUGAACAACACUGCCUGUCUUUGGACCAUCCAAGUUGAAAAAAAUCACCGUGUUCUCUUGAACUUCACUGACUUCGACCUUGAAACUCAAGACUCUUGUGUUAUGGCAUAUGAUGUUGAAAACUAUGUAACCACCCGUCUUGCCAACGCAUGUGGAAGACAGCAGCUAACUAAUCCCAUCAUCUCUUCAGGAAACAGCCUCUUCCUGAGAUUUCAGUCUCGUUCUGCCAGACAGAGUAGGGGCUUCCGAGCUCAAUUCAGGCAAGUCUGUGGAGGCUACAUCUUCACCACAUCUUCUGAUACCAUUUCCUCUCCAUUGUUUCCCGCCAACUAUCCAAACAAUGCAAACUGCACCUGGAUAAUUCAAGCUCAACCUCCAUUCAAUCAUAUUACCUUGUCCUUCACCAACUUUGCAAUUGAAAACAGUGCAGGAUGUACACGCGACUUUUUAGAAAUUUUGGAUGGCAGCUCUGAUGAUGCACCGCUCCGAGGACGUUACUGUGGUACCUCCAUGCCCCAUCCCAUCACAUCUUUCGGCAGUGCCCUGACACUGAGGUUCAUAUCUAAUUUUGGAAGGACUUAUCAUGGUUUCCAUGCUACAUAUGCUGCCUCAUCAUCAGCUUGUGGUGGAAACUUCUACAUGGCUGAAGGCAGGUUCGACAGCCCUGGCUACCCAGACAUUUAUCCCUCUAAUGUGGAAUGUGUCUGGAACAUUAUCAGUUCCCCUGGCAACCGGUUCCAGCUGUCUUUCAUAUCCUUUCAGCUGGAGGACUCUCAGAACUGUAGCAAAGAUUUUGUGGAGAUCCGGGAAGGAAAUGCCACGGGUCAGUUGGUGGGGCGCUACUGUGGAAACUCCCUCCCUCACAACUACUCAUCCAUUAUGGGACACAUCUUAUGGAUCAGAUUUGUCUCGGAUGGCUCAGGAAGUGGCACUGGCUUCCAGGCCUCAUUCACUAAGGUGUUUGGCAAUCAUAAUAUUGUGGGAUCUCAUGGGAAAAUUGCUUCUCCCUUAUGGCCUGGAAACUACCCGCAUAACUCCAAUUACCAAUGGAUAGUAAAUGUGAAUGAAUCUCAGAUUAUCCAUGGUAGAAUUUUGGAGAUGAACACCGAAGAAACACCAAACUGCUAUUAUGACAAAUUAAAGAUUUAUGAUGGCCUUGGAGUUCAUUCACGCCUCAUUGGAACUUACUGUGGGACUCAGACAGGCUCUUUUAGCUCCACUGGAAAUUCUUUGACAUUUCAGUUUUCUUCAGACUCGACCGUCACAGGGAGGGGAUUCCUCCUGGAGUGGUUUGCAGUAGACAAUCCUAGUGGGCUUGUUCCUACAAUUGCUGCAGGUACCUGUGGUGGGUUCCUGACUACAAGAGACUCACCAGUGUUUCUCUUCUCCCCGGGCUGGCCGGACCACUACAAUAAUGGGCUUGAGUGCACAUGGCUCAUCCGAGCUCCUGGUUCUACUGUGGAACUCAACCUCCUCUCCCUGGACAUUGAACCUCACCAAACAUGUGGCUAUGAUAGUCUUGUAAUACGAGAUGGAGAUAAUAACCUGGCCCAGCCGCUAGCAGUUCUGUGUGGCAGAGAGAUCCCUGGGCCCAUCCGCUCUACUGGAGAGUACAUGUUCAUCCGCUUCACCUCUGAUCUCAGUUUGACGGGAGCAGGCUUCAACGCAUCCUUUCACAAGAGCUGUGGUGGAUAUUUGCAUGCAGACCGAGGGAUCAUAACAUCUCCCAAGUAUCCAGAGACCUACCCUCCCAAUCUCAAUUGCUCUUGGCAUGUUCUGGUCCAGAGUGGUCAAGUCAUUGCUGUUCAUUUUGAACAGCCCUUCCAAGUUCCAAGUGGAGAUCCUUCUUGCAACCAAGGAGAUUAUUUAGUGCUAAAAAAUGGACUUGAUGUCUAUUCUCCACCCUUGGGACCUCAUGGACAAAAUGGUCGUUUCUGUGGCAGUCAUCCUUCAUCAACUCUGUUCACCUCGGACAAUCAAAUGUUUGUUCAGUUUAUUUCUGAUGGUAGUAAUGAGGGUCAAGGAUUUAAAAUCAACUAUGAGGCAAAGAGCUUAGCCUGCGGGGGCAACAUCUACAUCCAUGGAGCUGAUUCUGCAGGCUAUGUGACCUCCCCCAACUACCCUGGCAAUUAUCCUCAACAUACUGAUUGCAUUUGGAUCAUAUCAGCUCCUUCAGGAAAACUCAUUAGACUGCAUUUUGAAGAUCAGUUCAAUAUUGAAGCAACACCCAACUGUACUUCCAAUUACCUCGAGUUGCGAGACGGAGCUGAUUCAAAUGCACCGGUACUAUCCAGAUUGUGUGGGAUGUCUCUGCCUGGCAACCAGUUUUCCUCAGCAGAUAUCUUGUAUUUGAGAUUCCGAACUGACAACAGCCCCACACACAUGGGAUUCAAGGCUAAGUAUUCUAUAGCCCAGUGUGGUGGGACAGUAUCAGGGCAAAGUGGUGUCAUUGAGAGCGUCGGAUAUCCUACACUUCCAUAUCCAAAUGAUUUAUUCUGUCAGUGGCACCUCCAGGGUCCCGAGGGACAUUAUCUCAGCAUUCAUUUUGAACAUUUUAACCUUCAAGACUCCCCUGACUGCACGAAAGACUUUGUGGAGAUCUGGGAAAACCACACUUCAGGAAACAGUCUGGGCAAAUACUGUGGAAAUGUCUUUCCUGACAGCAUAGAUACUUUCAGCAACGUGGCUGCCAUCAGGUUUGUCACCGAUGGCUCCAUUGCUGCUGCAGGAUUCAGGCUGAGAUUUGAAUCCAGUUUAGCAGAAUGUGGUGGGGAUCUACAGGGCCCUGCUGGAACGUUUAGCUCUCCCUACUACCCGAACCCUAAUCCCCAUGGCCGGCUCUGUGAGUGGAGAAUCACCGUGCAGGAAGGCAGGCGGAUCACCCUGACUUUCAGUGACCUGCGGCUGGAAGCUCACCCAUCCUGCAGCAGUGAGCAUGUGAUCGUGUUCAAUGGCCUGAGAAGUAACUCUCCCCAACUGGAAAAGUUGUGCAGUAAUGUGAAUGCAAGCAAUGAGAUUCAGUCUUCAGGAAACACAAUGAAAGUCGUCUAUUUCGUGGAUGAAUCCAGGCCAUACGGAGGGUUUAUGGCUUCCUACACAUCCAGUGAAGAUGCAGUGUGUGGCGGGCCUCUCACAAAUGCUCCUGAAGGAAAUUUUACUUCUCCUGGAUUUGAUAGAGUCAGUAAUUACUCAAGAAACCUCAAUUGUGAAUGGACUCUCACCAAUCCAAAUCAGGGAAAUUCUUCCAUCUAUGUUAACUUCAAGUAUUUUUCCCUAGAAAGCCACCAAGACUGUCAAUAUGAUGUCCUUGAAUUUCGAGUGGGUGAUGCUGAUGGGCCUCUUAUAGGGAAAUUCUGUGGCCCUACAAAACCUGCCAUCCCAUUGGUUAUACCUUACCCUCAGGUCUGGGUACACUUUGUCACCAAUGAACAUGUAGAACAGAUUGGAUUCCAUGCAGAGUAUUUCUUUACAGAUUGUGGCGGAAUACAGACAGGCGAGAGCGGAGUGAUAACCAGUCCCAACUACCCACAGGAUUAUGGUGUCUCCUCUCAUUGUGCUUGGUUGUUGGAGAGCCCCCAAGGGCACACCAUCAAUCUGACGUUUAUUGACUUUGAAAUUGAAAGUCAUGUGACUUGUGCCUGGGAUUCUGUGACUGUCAGGAAUGGUGGCUCCCCUGGAUCACCCAUAAUAGGACAAUAUUGUGGGAAUUUAAACCCUGGGACAAUACAGUCUGGUUCCAAUCAAUUGGUGGUGAUUUUUAAUUCAGACCAGUCGGUGCAACAUGGUGGAUUUUAUGCUACAUGGAACACACACACAUUAGGUUGUGGUGGAAUAAUUCAUUCAGAAAAUGGUAUAAUAAAAUCUCCACACUGGCCUCAGAAUUUUCCUGAAAAUAGCAGAUGUUCUUGGACAGUCAUUACUCAUGAAAGUAAAUACUUUGAGAUUGGUUUUGACAGCAACUUCCGAAUCCCCAGUGGUGAUGGACAGUGUCAGAACAGCUUUGUGAAGGUGUGGGCAGGAACUGAGGAGAUUGACAGUACCCUGUUAGCCACAAACUGUGGGAAUGUGGCUCCAGGUUCCAUCAUCACACCAAGAAAUGCAUUCACUGCUGUCUUCCAAUCUCAGGAUACACCUGCUCCAGGCUUCUCUGCCACAUUUGUAAGCCGAUGUGGAGGUACUUUUACUGACCAGUCUGGUUAUAUAAUUUCUCCCAACUACCCAAAACAAUAUGACAACAACAUGAACUGCACCUAUCUCAUACAAAGCGAUCUUCACUCUCUGGUCCUCUUGACUUCUGUGUCUUUUCAUUUGGAAGCUCGCUCUGCCAUCUCAGGAACCUGUGCCAAUGACGGUGUGCACAUCAUCAGGGGUUACAGCCUCUCUUCUACACCUGCUGCCACUGUGUGUGGUGCUGAGACCCUGGCUCCCCUCGCCAUCACUGGACCAGUGCUGUUGAACUUCUACUCCAAUGACCACAUCACAGAUUUUGGAUUCAAGUUUUCCUAUCGCAUAACCUCCUGCGGUGGUGUGUACAACUUCUCCUCUGGAAUCGUCAACAGUCCUGCCUACUCAUAUACAGACUACCCCAACAACCUGUACUGCCUCUAUACCGUCACCGUCAGAGAAGACAGAGUGAUUCAGAUCAAGUUCAGUGACUUUGAUGUGGCUCUCUCCACCUUCUGCUCCGAUGACUACCUGGCGAUUUACGAUGGUUCUAACACCAGUGAUCCCCUUCUCGGAAAAUUCUGUGGUUCUAACACCCCGCCAGAUGUUAGAAGCAGCAAUAAUAAUAUGCUUCUAGUAUUCAAGACUGACUCAUUUCAUAUAGCAAGAGGCUGGAAGAUAAUUUUCCGGGAAACAUUGGGACCGCAGCAAGGGUGCGGUGGUUACCUGACCAGUUCAAAUAGCACAUUUUCCUCUCCUGAUUCCAACUCCGAUGGGAGAUACGACAAGUCUUUAAACUGCAUAUGGUUCAUAACUGCACCUGUAAACAAACAAAUUAGGCUCACCUUCAACACAUUUGUUCUGGAGACAGAAUCUCCUCGACGAGGCUGUGUUUAUGAUUAUGUAAAGAUGUAUGAUGGGGAGAGUGAAAAUGCCAACUUGGCUGGAACAUUUUGUGGUUCCAAUGUACCUGCUCCUUUUACCUCUUCUGGUAAUUUUCUUACGGUUCAGUUUGUCACUGACGUGACUGUAGAAAGGGAAGGAUUUAAUGCUACACUUACGUUUGUGGAUGUGCCUUGUGGUGGAACAUAUAAUGCAACUUGGACCCCACAAAAUAUUUCUGCAUCCAAUUUAUCCAGCCCCAGCAGCUCCCUUUCCAUUUGUACUUGGGUCUUUGAAGCUCCUGUACACCAGCAGGUCAAGAUCACUGUGUGGGAAUUACAGCUGGACUCACAGGACUGUACGCAGAAUUACUUAGAGUUUCAGGACUCACCAGAGAGUCGUGGGAACCCAAGGCAUCAGUUCUGCGGCCCUAAUGCCACAGCUGUGCCGGUGUUCUACUCUUCAAGAAGCACCGCGGUUGUCAAUUUCAAAUCUGGAGUUUUCAGUGGGAACUCGAGAGUAGGGAUCACCUAUCAGAUUGCAGGUUGCAACAGGGAAUAUACCAAGGCAUUUGGCAAUCUGAGGAGUCCUGGCUGGCCAGAGAAUUACAACAACGAUGCAGAUUGCACCGUCAUUCUUACGGCCCCACAGAACCACACCAUUUCCCUCUUCUUUCACUCAUUUCGCAUUGAGGACUCCAGUGGCUGCAGACAGGACUCCUUGGAGGUGAGAGAUGGGAACAGUGACAGUUCACCCUUACUUGGCAAGUACUGUGGGACCCUGCUGCCAAACCCUGUCUUCUCUCAGAGCCGUCAGCUGUACCUGCGGUUUAAGAGCAAUGGUGCAGUCUCCAGUCGAGGAUAUGAAAUCAUCUGGACCUCCUCCCCCACUGGCUGCGGGGGCACUCUGUAUGGAGACAGCGGCUCCUUCACCAGCCCUGGGUAUCCGGACACGUACCCAAAUAACACCCACUGCGAGUGGACCCUCAUCGCGCCCACCAGCAGGCACGUCACGGUUAGCUUCUACUUCAUCAGCAUUGCAGACCCUGGAGACUGCGUCCAGAACUACCUCAUACUCUACAACGGGCCCAGCGCCAGCUCGCCUUCCUACGGACCCUACUGUGGAGCAGACACCAGCAUAGCGCCCUUUGUAGCUUCCUCGAACCGGGUCUUCAUCAGAUUCCACGCCACCCACGCAGCGCAACCCUCUGCCUUCCGGCUGACCUGGGACAGCUGAGGGGUCCAGGGCAGGGGAGUGCUCCACACUCGUCCUCCACACAGGCCCAGGAGGCAUCAGGCGGGACAAACUCAGCCAGCCUGACAUGCGGCCCCCGCCCAUCCCUUCUAGAACCCUUGUAUGUCUUGAG